AUGAGCGCGACGACUACGACGACGACGUGUUCGCGCGCUGCUGCCGCUGCGUUCCACCGACCAACUCUCAUCAAGAAUUUUGCCCCGACGAAGGCAGCGCCUGCUGCUCGCGCUGCUCUCAAAAAAAGAGCGCAGUUGAGAGGAAUUGGUCUCGUCGCGCAAUCUGAAUUGGACGACGGCGGGAAUUCUUCUCUCGGGAAGGCAACGACGUCGGCGGCAGAAGUUGGUGACGAUUCAGACGACGAAAAGGACGAACAAAGCAGCAACCAAAGAGGGGCUUCUUUGUCUUCUCGAGAGAGGUUGAGACAAGCUUUGAACGAAGAAAUCGAUGGCGCCAUGCGAGAAGUUUCCAGAGCGCAAACUGAAGAGGAACGACGACCUGCUGCUGCUGCUGCUGCUGCUGCAGUUGCUCCAGAGAUAAAACAGAUGAGAUUCGAAGAAGAGGAAGAUUUUUAUCCACUCGAGGAAGAGAGACCGCCGAGAACGAGGAGAGGGUUGGAAGAACUCGAACGUCGAGAGAGAGAACGACGAGCGACGAGGACGAGGACGACGACCGCGAGAAGGAGAAGGCCAUCGUCUUCUGCGCGUGAAGGCGAAGAGAUGACGACGACGAGAGAACGACGAGUGAGAAACGACGCGUCUUCUUCGUCAUCUUCCGGUGGUCGAAGAAAAAGUAAACAACAACCAAUCAACAAUAACAACAGCAGUGACGUGUUCACAUUAACGCGUUCACAGUUGAUGGGUAAAGAAGUUGUCACCAGAACCUCCGGAGUCCGUUUAGGCCAGUGUUCGCAAAUGUGGGUGGACGCCGAAAACUGGACAGUCGAAGCGUUGGCGAUUCGACAAAACGCGUUAACCGGUGGCGUAGAUCACGUGAAAUUAUCCGCUUUGCGACAAGUCGGCGACGUUGUGUUAGUCCACGAUGAAAAUGCAGUCGAAAGACGAUGGUCAUCGUAUAAUUUGAGUCCAUUGAUUGGUUGCGACGUGAUUACCGAGGCUGGGGCCUUUAUCGGACGCGUGCGAGACUACGAGUUCGAUCCAGAAGACGGCUCUGUCAAACGACUCAUCGUCGACGCGUGGGGGAUAUCGGCUAUCCCAGACGAUGUUAUCUCUACCUAUGCAGUCGAUGUGAGAGAGGUGAUCGAUGCCGGUCGCGAACGGAUUCUGGUUGAAGACGGAUGCGAACAAAGAGUCGAACAACUUUCUGUGAGUUUGUUACAGAGGUUGGAGUUAGCCGGUACGCCGUGGGAAGAAGAAGAAGCAUUUUUACAAGAUCCGUAUUACAACAACGAAUCGAGCAGGAGAGGUGUGGGGAGAAGAACGACUUCCUAUUACGACGAAUACGAAGAAGAGGAAAUGAUUCGGUACGAGCAAAGAAGACGAAGACAAAGAGAGCAGCAACAACAACAAAGUCGAAGGAGAGAACCGCAACGACAACAACAACGGGAGAGAAGGAAAGAAGGCAUCCCGCUCAUGCGUCCGACGCAAUCGUACGAACGAAUGGAUGCCGAUGGUAAACGAGGCUCGCGACCUCAGUUUGAUGCGUACUUAGAUCCAGUCGACAGACCGUACGAGUACGAGGAAAUCUCAGGUGCGCCUCGCGAGCGAAGAGCGAGCGCGAGUAGGCGCUUGGACGAACCUUCUUCCUCUUCUUCUUCGAGUCGAAGGCGAAGACCGGCGAGCGAUGACUAUUUAUAG